GUGGAGCCUUGGUUCACAACCCGCCAUGUGCGGCCCCUCCACGGCCAAGCAGCGCUUCCAGCAGAUCCUGCGGAUCAAGGCCGAGUCCUCCCGCACCGUGUCCUUCGUGCUCGUGCCCCUCCAGCUGGGGCUGCACGACGUCGAGGUCAAGGCGGCCGUCAGGGACCUGUUCGCGGGCGACGGCGUCAAGAAGAAGCUGCGGGUGGUGCCCGAGGGGAUGAGGCUGGAGAAGACGGUGAAGAUCAUCGAGCUGGACCCGCAGAACAAGGGAGUCAAUGGGGUGCAGGAGGAGCGGGUGAAGGCGGCCGAUCUGUCCGACAUCGUCCCCGACACCGAACCCGAGACCAAAGUCAGCAUCCAGGGUGAGCUCCGGGCUGGGGACACCCCCGGGGACACUCUGUGGG